AUGGGGGCUCAGGUAUCGUACUACAUGGACGCUCGCCCACCGCCCCACGCCCCUGUAUACAAGGAUCUGCUGUCGUUUGUGUUCGACGACCGUCCGGUCGAAUACGAUGAGCAGCGGCCCAUCUACAUCGAUGCAGAGAACCCGUCGUGGGCGCUGAACGCGCGCCAGUUCCGGGUGCUGGUGCGGACCUUGAUUGCGGGCUUCAAAGCGUGGAAUCUCCAGCCCGGGGAGUGUGUGUUGGUCCAUUUGCCAAAUAAUGUAUAUCCAUUUAUUCGAUCAUGCCGUUUGGUUCUUUAUUCUGCCAUAUUCUACGGCAUUAUAGGCGCCGGGGGCGUCUACAUGGGCACCAACCCGCGCAGCCAGCCGCACGAGCUGCAGCACCUGCUGCAGCUUGCGGAGCCAAAGUGGAUCAUCACGUCGCCGGACGGGCUUCCCGUGCUGCGGGAAGUGGAGACGUUGAAAGAGCUGUCAUCGAGCCAGAUCUGCGUCCUGGAUGCAUAUGCCAUUGCCCGUCUGUCGCAGUUACUGCUAUCCACCCAGAGCACAACGUGUGCCUCGCAAGAUGAGACAGACAAAGAGAUGGGCAUUCUUAACUUUGCCAGCCUACUUGACCACGGAGAGAGUGACUGGAUCCGGUUCGAUGAGAAAACUGCAGCAGAAACCACACCGGCCGCCAUGUUCACGACUAGUGGCACCGGAGGCCUGCCCAAGGCGGCGAUUCUCUCGCAUCACGCCAUGGUCACCCACCAUCUGAGCAUCCAGUAUCCGGUCCCAUACGAUGUGACCCGGCUGAUGUCGCUGCCCAUGUUCCACCUCUUCGGCUCCCUGUGGAGCCACAUCUUCCCGAUCCGCUACGGCCAGCCGUUGUACGUGCUGCCGCGGUUUGAGAUCAGCCAGUACGUGCGCACUAUCUACCUAUACCGCAUCACGGAGACCUACAUGGUGCCGGCGAUGGUGCAGGCGCUGAACCGGUGUUCGUCGCUUGCCCUGAGGGAGUAUUUGGCCUCUCUGCGGUAUGUCGGCGUAGCCGGGGCGUCCAUUGAUGCGGUGUCCCUCCGACGCUUCCAGGACCAACUUCAUCCCGACGCGCAGAUUUCGCAGCUCUGGGGCAUGACCGAGGUCGGCGUUGCGUUCCAGAUCCGCUACGGCGAGCGGGAUGAAACAGCCAGCAUCGGACGUCUGCUGCCCAACUACGAGAUCAAGCUGCUCGAUGGCCAGGGGCGGGCCGUAACGGCGGAUAACCAACCUGGCGAGCUGUAUGUCCGCGGGCCGGGCACGUUGAUCGGGUACCGGGGGAUGCCUCCGGCCAAGGACGAGGACGGCUGGUUCCGUACGGGCGAUAUCGUGUGUGUCCGGGGCGGCAAGUUCUACAUCGUAGGGAGGGCCAAAGAGCUGAUCAAAGUGAGGGGUUGGCAAGUCGCUCCCGCAGAGAUCGAAGCAGUCCUGCUGAAACACCCCGAGAUCGUCGACGCGGCUGUCAUAGGAGUCACGCAGAAGGACCCGCAGGACGACACCGGGAUGGUGACCGAGGCCGUGCGCGCCUUCGUUGUUCGACGCAAGGGUCAGCACGCCAGCAAGCUGACGGCAGACGAAGUCUACUGGUUUGCGCGGCGGCAGCUGGCCAGCUACAAGGCUCUGGACGGGGGGGUCAUCUUCGUCGAGGACAUCCCGCGCACUCCCAGCGGCAAGAUCCAGCGGUACAAGCUCGCGCAGAUGAACUCGUACCGGGAGAUGGUGUCGUCGUUGAUGCAGCGGUUUGACACCGUCAACCACGGCACAUCUGUUACUGCUGGAAUCGGCAGUGUUGCAAUCGGCACGUCUACAACUAGCUGUUUUGUUUAUAGGAUAGAAGACUCCCUCGGCGUCAACAAUAUUUUAUUUUUACAUAAUCCAAUCCGCCACAACAGCUGA